AUGGCGGACACGAGGGCAACAUUCGUGUCUCACAAAAUCAACAAAAUUCGGUGGCGACAACAGCAAAAGCAGUCUCUUCAAGAAUCAGACAUUUUCGCAAGUGGAAGUUGGGAUGAUGAAAAAAAUAAGGUGUGUCUAUGGAAGGUUGAAAGACAGAAGGCCCUGGGUGGGAUGAUGGAUGAUGGAGGAGGGACAGGCUAUGUGGAAAGUGACCCAGUUAUCUUAUGUGAGGCUCCUCAUAGGGGAGAUGUUACUGGAUUAGAGUACAUGGGUCAAGAUCAUAUUGUUGCUUCUUCUUCAACGGGAACCAUUACUAUUUAUAGACAUCAUACAAACUCACAGACCCUGGGUGUGUCCCAGCAGUGGGAAAAAGUUCAUCAUCAUUAUGGACAGUUGUGUCCUUGUACGUGUUUGGCCAUCCGUGAUGAUGUGAUAGUGUCUUCAGGAGAGGAUGGGCGUGUCAAUAUAAUACAAGUUGGACACAAAAUGCCAAAUAGAGUUAUAGAUAAAGCAGACAGCUGUACUGUUAACAGUAUUACCUUCCUUAAGCAGACAGAAUUCAUCACAGUCAAUUCUACAGGACAGCUCAAGAUAUUUGAUCUAAGGACAAAUUCUGAUGAACCAACACAAACUCUUUCUGUAACGGGAGAACUAACACCACUACAAUGUAUAGACAAGCACCCCAGUCAGACUCACAUUGUUGCAACAGGUGGUCAAGAUGGUGUUCUUGGAAUGUGGGACCUGAGACAUGACAAGUUCCCAGUGUCCCUGAUGGAGGCACACUCUGGGACAGUGUGGGAGGUGAGGUUCCACCCAUCUGCACCUGACCACUUGUUCACCUGUUCAGAGGAUGGCUGUGUGUGGCACUGGGAUGGCUCACAAGUUAAUGCCACACCUGUUGGCAUGAUGACAGGCAUCAACCAGAUAACAGGUACAGGUGCAGGAUCAGGAGGAGGCAAUUUAUCAACACCCAGACAGUUCCAGUAUGGUGGCAGUGCGGUCACCACUGGUCUUUCAAACCCAUGGCUGGCCACUGACAUUGCUAAAAACAAAAUUGAGAUCACCUCAUUACUUGAUCAAAAAUCACUGCCCAUAAACACUAUAGAUGUGGCAGGACAUACCCUGCUCUGUGGCACAGACGGAGAGACAAUAUUCACAAUGAAUCUUGGCAGUCUUCGGUAACCUCACGUGUGAUUAGAGUCCAGAUGGGUUGAUUCAUAUGAGAAAUUCCGGUGUAGAAGAUAUGAAUGUAGCUGAUAGUAAAAGAGAAAGUGGGCAUGGAAGAGGUGAAAGGAAGAUCUGGAAGCAGAAAAAGUACCAGAACUCAUUUGGUGCCAGUCUUUGUUUGAUGCAAACUUGUGGGAGAAUUGUUUUUUCCUUCAAGAGAUUAGACAGUGGUGCACUCUGAUCAUUAACUUUGAAUUAUGAUGCUAUUUUAUCUAGGUACCUGUAAUAUCAUUACAUUAUAUAUUGUUAGUAAAUGUUACAUCUAAUGUAAAUUCAAGGAGUUUUGAAUAUUUGCCAGGUUGUGCAAUCCCUCUAGCUCAACUUUCAGGGCUAGUGAAGUCAAUUUAUGGAUGUGACCAAGUCAUUAGUGGUUUUAAUUUUAUAGUGCCCACAUUCAAGUUUUAUGAAAAAUAAAUUGAUGAAAUGAAAACACUGUCCUCUUUGAAAGAUUCUGUAAUAAAUGAAGCAAUUGGACACAAAUGCAGCAAGCAGUUUCUUCAGUUUUUGGUUUAGACAAAAUUACUUGCUUUAAAUUAAAACCUGUUUGGUGCUUCUUCCUCCUAUAAUUUAAUACUAAUUAUAUGGAUGUGUGUGUUAUAUUUUACAACACUGAUGAGAUAUAACCAGCUGAUUUAGCGGGUAGAUAUAAUGACAUAAUCACAUCAUUAUUUGUUUUUCAGUGCAGUUUUCUGCUUUGCUUACUUGAGCAGAUUUUCAUUCCAUCAUACAGUGAAUAAUCAGUAAGGUUCAAGGUGAAAGUAAUUACUUGGAAAUUUUAUCAUCAGCUUUAGUAAUAGGAGCAUGUAGAAUUUUGUAUCGGUGAAAACAAAACAAAUGGACAUGUUGGCAUUUGUAGCCCUUUGCCUAGCAAUCAUCUAUGCAGGAAUCCUGUGCAAUUGUGAAAUUAAAGUAAAUAAAUAGUUUGUGAUGAUUAAUUGAAUUGACCACAGUUCUAAUUGCAAACAUGUUUUUCUAGGUGGUUAUCAGAUAGGCUCUAUCAAUUCCAUGUAUGCGUUCAGUUAUGAGUUCCUCAGACACUGAUUAGUAGGAACUUCCAUUAUCAGUUGUUGUCAAGCAUUGAUUGUAAUGUUUUACUUUGUUUGAAUAAGCGAUUAUGUGCAAUAUGAUAAUUUUUUCAUAACAUUGAUAGCCACAUGUUUUAAUGAUUUGUUUACUGGUGAAAAGUAAAAGAUGAAUUAUUUCUGCUUUUCCAGUUUUGGCUGCGAUAAAAUAUCUCUGAAAGCAAAAAUGUAACAGGGAAUUAUUUCAGUAUUAUUUUUUUUCUUUUAAAUACAAUAUUCUUCACAAUUAUAACAUUAGUUGAGGUACAGUACUUGCCUUUAUUAUAGGAUAAAAUUAGUGGAAAUACAUAAGUCAAUCAAAAAAUUUCUGCUAGAAUUCAGUCUGUCUGAAAACAAGUGCAAUAUAGUCUGUUUUAAAACGAUGUUGAUAUCAUUUCAGUCAUAACUACAUUGACUAAAGCUGUUGAAAUUUGAAAAAUGAAAUUAUUUUUCUAUACUGAUAUUGUUAGAAACCAGAAAAUACUGCACUAUAGCUUUUGUUCUCACACUUUUUUUUAAUUCAAAGUCAAAUAUAUAUUAACUGCAAACCCACAAAUGUAAACUGUCUUUAUGAGGCUUAUUUCCAAGUUUUUCGAAGCAAACUAUCAGUGCCAUUAUGAAAUUAGAUUGGGUGCCAUUUUGAAUUGAGCCUUUCUUACUAGCAUACAUGUUGUAAUAAUUAUAUAUCAGUUUUUGUUUUUUGUAAAAUAUUAAGAACUUUUUUAAAAGUGAACAUUGAUUAAAUGUGUUUGCCUAAACCUAACCAAAGAAUUAGAUCUUGAUGUAGUUAACAGAAAGUCAUUGAUACUUUUACCUAUGAUUUGUGUUGAUUUGGGUUCAGAGUUUGAAGAAUUUGUAAGAAAAAAAUAACUAUAUUUGACAUAUCAUGUUUUGGUUAAGAUGAAUAUUUCCUGUUAAAUUAAAGCUUGAGAAAGUGGAGGGCACUAUAUCAAUUUUCAGCAACAUAACCAACCAUCCUGAUAAAUCUUACAUUGGCAAAUGUUGAAUAAAUAAUAUUUCUCCUUGUUUAUCUGCUUUACCAUGGCCACUUCUAUCACAUGUUUCUAUCUCUGGAAUGAGGAUUAAUGUUUAAAUUGUGAUGUUAAGUCUCCAAAUAUUGAUUGAUUUACUAUUCAAUGCCAUAUUGCAUUUUACAAUGAUUGGAAUAUUCAAACUUUAAAAAAGCACCUUUGAAGUUUGCUAGCUCUUUUGUCGAUUUAAGUUUGAUAGUUCGUCCAUCUUUUUAAGGUAGCUAUUUUCUAUGCUGAUUGAAGUUUGAUAGUUCUUCUAUCAAUUUAAUUUUGCUAGUUCUCCAUCGAUUUGUGUUUGACAGUUCCUCCGUCUGUUUAAGGUAGCUAUUUUCUCUGCUGAUUGAAGUUCGGUAGUUCCUCCAUUGAUUGAAAUUAGCUAGAUCUUACAUCAAUUGAAGUUAGCUAGAUCUUACAUCAAUUGAAGUUAGCUAGUACCUUUGCUGAUUGAAUUUAACUAUUUCUUCCUUUGUUUAAUGUUAGCUAGUUCCUCUGUCGGUCAAUGUUAGCUUGUUCCUUCAUCAAUUGAAGUUUGAUAGUUUCUCAAUCGAUAAUGCAUGUAUUUCUGCAUCCCUCACUAACUUCAAGACAGGUUUAGCUUUGUGAUGGAAACAACAAGGUUACCCUUUACACUGUCAAAUAAUUGCAAACUUAAUUAGCCAUGGCAUCUGUACUUUUAAGAAAUACUCUAUAAUUGUUCAGUUUUACAUUGCAAAUAUUUGUGGUUUCCCUGGUCUGGACUAGUGUACAGGAUUUAAUUUUGCACAUGUCUAUAGUUGGUAUCAAUAUGUAAAAGUAUCUAACAUACAUUUCCUGAGAUUUGAAUUUGCAGUAAAAUUGUUAGGUAUUUUGUUUUAAUGACUAUGAUUACAACAAAAUUACUGAUACAUUGUAUACAAUAGUAACUAAGCUAAUCUGAAGUCAGUUAUACAGUACUUCUGUUUUUGUUUCACAAUAUUCACCAUAACCAAACAGUUAUCCUGUAAUAAAUUUUAUUUGUUGUCCCGUAUCAAUUUCCAGACUUGUUGAUUGUAUGGUCUUGUGAUAUCUUCAUGAGAAGACCAAAGUAUCGGAACAGAUAAAUCAAGAAUUAAAAAAGUGGUAAUACCAUUCAUUACCAAAGUAUUUUAAUACAGAAAUUAUUGCCCUUCCUAAUUCUAGAUGUGUGGCAUAAUCCCACAAAAUUUGAGGGAUUAAGAUCUCAGCAAACCGUUUCCUAAUCAAACUUCUUAAAGCACGGAUUAUUGUAAUGCUUGCCACUAGGAUGAUUUGAACAUUGACUGGUUACAAUGUAUUGUUUAUGGAAGUUGUUAUAUUGUGUAUGUUUAGUAAGAUAUUUUUGUACUUUUCUGUGAUGUGAUGUGAUGACUGACAAGAACCUGGACUUGUGUGUAAGUGUAUGAGAACGGCAGUGUUUGUGAGUAUGACUAGAAAUACAUUUAAAAUCACAAUGUCAGGUAUAAUUAUUGUGUAUGAAGUAUAGCUGUGCAACUACAUGAGACUGGAAAGUUGUGCUGUAAAUACAAGCAUUUGAAAUUGUU